AUGGCGAGCACUGAGAGGAACGCCGGCGACCAGGGGGUCAGAGCGCUGCUGCAUGUGUCGUUGGCGCCGGGGCUGGGGGGUGCAGCGGUGGGGGACGAGGAGGGAAGUGCUUGGGAUGGGCAUGGGGAUAGGGAUGGGCAUGGGGAUAGGGAUGGGCAUGGGGAUAGGGAUGGGCAUGGGGAUAGGGAUGGGCAUGGGGAUAGGGAUGGGCAUGGGGAUAGGGAUGGGCAUGGGGAUAGGGAUGGGCAUGGGGAUAGGGAUGGGCAUGGGGAUAGGGAUGGGCAUGGGGAUAGGGAUGGGCAUGGGGAUAGGGAUGGGCAUGGGGAUAGGGAUGGGCAUGGGGAUAGGGAUGGGCAUGGGGAUAGGGAUGGGCAUGGGGAUAGGGAUGGGCAUGGGGAUAGGGAUGGGCAUGGGGAUAGGGAUGGGCAUGGGGAUAGGGAUGGGCAUGGGGAUAGGGAUGGGCAUGGGGAUAGGGAUGGGCAUGGUGAUAGGGAUGGGCAUGGGGAUAGGGAUGGGCAUGGGGAUAGGGAUGGGCAUGGGGAUAGGGAUGGGGAUGGGGAUAGGGAUGGAGAUGGGGAUAGGGAUGGGGAUGGCGAAGGGGUGCGUGCAUACAGGUGA